AUGACGAAAUCUACUAUUGUUGUCGAUAGCGCUCGAGGAUGGUGGAUCGUUUUUGCAUCGUUUAUGGUUCAUUUCAUUAUGGAUGGAAUAACAUAUUCGAUGGCACAAGUGUUCUUAGAACCAAUGAGAAAGAAUCUAUCUCUUUCACGAGCUGCGGUAUCGAGUAUUUUCAGUAUUUUACCCGCAAUCACUCUCGGAGCAGGACCGAUUGCCAGUGUUCUGAUUAAUAUGUUUGGAUGUCGAGCAGUGGCUAUCAUAGGUACUUGCAUUGCUUCAUUCGGUUUCUUUUUGAGUUAUUGGUGGGCAAAUAUCUGGUUUUAUUAUGUGACCAUUGGCAUUGUCGGAGGUCUUGGAUUUGCGUUGAUGUAUUUGGCAGCGAUUGUUUCCGUUAAUAAACAGUUCAAACUAAAACUCUCAACUGCGAUGGGGAUUGCUGUGUGUGGUUCUGGUGUUGGAACGUUUGUUCUUUCUUAUAUCAUGGAUGGUAUCGUCAACAUACGUGCUUGGGUCACUUAUCCUUACGGUUUACUCAUCGAAGCGGGUAUUAUUACAUUUGGUGUGGUGUGUGGACUCUUGUUGAUUCCUAAAGAACAUGAGAUAAGAGAAGAAAAUGUUUCAAAUACUUUAAUGCAAUCGAACGGAGAAGCAAAUCCUGUCGUGGAGAAUGAUCAGGUGGACACUAAAUCAACGUCAAAAUCGUUUUUUAAACAAAUCCGUGAUGAAAUUGAUCUCAACCUGUUUCGAGAUGUAGCAUUUAAUCUUUUCGUCUUCUCGAAUUUCCUUACAAGUCUUGGAUUUAAUGUCAUCUACAACUUUGCAGAUGAUCUUGCUAGUGACGCAAAAGUCGUCAAAGAUCUCAGAACGUACAUUGUCAUGUCUAUUGGUUUAUCGAACAUUGUCGGUCGUAUAGUAAUCGGAUUUCUAGACGAUCGAAAAUUGGUCAAUCGUCUUCUGUUAUUUAUUUUAACGUUACUCCUUUCGGGUAUUGCUACCAUAGUAGCUCCAUUGUGCGGCUCCUCGGUUAUCUCUCACAUUGGUUACGCAUCCGUCUUCGGCUUCUUUUCGGGCGGCUAUGUUACUUUGACAACCAUUGUUCUUGGUGAUAUUAUUGGAGUCGAGAAAAUAUCGGAUGGAUCUGGUAUUCUUUUCUUUUUCGUCGGUGUUGCAACGGCGAUCGGAACACCCAUCGUUGGAGCAAUGCGAGAUGCAUUUUCACAUUUUGCUCGUCCCUUUUUCUGGCCAUACGUCAUCUUCGGCGUUUGUACCGUUGUCAGUGGAAUUUUAUUGUUCGCCAUUCCUCUUCUACAGAAAAACAAGCGUUCAACGAAGAAAACGCCAACGGUGGAAGACAGUGAAAAUACUAGUAAUCAAGUGAAAUCGUGA